UAGAAACACUGUUAUGUCCUUCUUUACUGACAGAUGAUGAAUCUUCACAUCUCUAUUGCUCUUCUUGUCGUUCUUCUCACUGGAGGAAACUCUCUGACAUGUUAUCACUGCCUUGAUCAGCAGGGCCGUUGUGAACGGCAGGAAGACUGUAGCUAUGAUAGCAUGUGUGCAAUUAUAAGAAAAGUAGAAUACAAAGAUGGCACAAUGACAGAAACCAAUGAAACACGUUGUGUGACUGGGGAUUAUUGUGAGUCUUGGUCGCAAAGCUCAGCCCUUGAGAGAAAAGCAGUUUCUGUAAAAUGCUGUGAUACCGACCUUUGCAAUGACCAAGAAAUCCCAGCAGUUUUGAAUAUCCCCAAUGGAAAGAAAUGUUACAGUUGUGAUUGGCAGGACUGCUCAAACACAGUAAACUGUUGGGGAAAUGAAGAUUAUUGCUUUACCACAAAUGAAGGUGUAUUAACAGAAGAAGAAGGAGAUGAUUAUUAUUUUUCAUUUCAGUCAGAGACUAAUAAGGGGUGUGCCUCUAAAUCAUUUUGUGAAGGUUUUGAGAAGGUAUCAGAUUAUGAUUAUAGGAACAUACAUAACGUUACAUGCUGUGAAGGGGACCUGUGUAACAGUGUUAAGAGCAUCAAUCAGAAUGUCCUCAUUUUCUUCUGGCUGUUCUUCUUCUACAUCAUGUUCCUCUAAAUUCGGUACACAGCUUAUCAAUGCAUCAACAGAAUGGGACACAUAAAAUCAAUUAUCUUCUAAAAUCCUUUACUUGUGAUGGAAGUCAUGACAUGAGAAACUCAACAAUAGUUGGAUUCAACAUCUGAGACCACGUAAAAAAAUUUCCCUCAAAAGUUUAAUAUAUGAGCAAUAAAGAACAUUAAAUUCUUCACACUAAGAAUCAUGCUAUUAGUGUAAUUUUAUUUUACUGAAAUUGUAUACAUUUACAGUAAAGUCAUUUAGACCACAGACUCUU